AUGGAGUAUUACAACAAGGACAUUAUUAACACCUUGCUGAAAAUUUUGUACUCCGUUUAUUAUUCAUCAUUAUAUGAUAGCAAUACAAUUUUGUAUCAAACGUGUUGUGCUGCGUAUAAGCAGCUACUCAAUUCGCUCAUUGAUGUGUGUAAUAGGGAGAGUAGAGUUGGGGCUACUCCGUGUGAUCACUUAGAGAAUUGCAUGUGUGAGUCAGAUGAGAAGGAGAAAAAUGACACAGAAGGGAAACGAGACAGUGGUGACCACAACCUUGUGCAUAGGGAGGAGGACCACUCAAGGGAAGUGAAGAACCUCUAUUUUGAAAAUUUUGUUUUGCCAUAUGAUACGGAUAGCCCGAUAGAUCUCAUCUACAUAACGGAUCUAAAAAAUCAGAGUUUCAUGAAAAACAAAAAUAAAUUGCUUUCCCUAAUUCAUUACCUCUGCUAUUGCUGUUUUGUAAAUAUUAGACUAAAGUAUAACUCUGUUGGGGUUUCUUUCCCCUGUUCGUAUGGAACCGCAGUGGAGGAAAAACGAAAAGAAGAUAGUGUUAAUGAAACCGCUAAUAUAAGCCAAGAGCGAAGGCAAAAUUCGAAUGUAUCUCAAACGAAUGAACCUUCCAGUAAGCUACAAUCCGCACGAAGCAACUGUCAAAAGAGUGCCGAUCAGCCCCCCAGAAAUGGCAAUAAUGGUACUCUCCAAGAAGAACCAAAUGAUGAAAAAAUAGUUACCCCUCUUAAACAGACAAGUUAUUCAAAAGACACACUGCAGUCGGGCAGAGGCAACGCCGACCCCCCUGUGGAAGAAAAACAUAACGCACAGCAGGAAGAAGAAGAAGAACAGCAGAAAAAAAAAAAGUCCAGUAAGGACGAAAGUGUGUACAUGUGUAGUGUGAAAAAUUCUAAUAUAAAAAAAUUCUUGAAAAUUUUAAAAAGCACAAAUGGAAAAAACCAAACGGAUAACAAAAUGAACCAUGAUGAUAACGAAAAUGUGCAACCAGACUCGUGUGACCAAAGGUCAGAAAUCCUGUCGACGUACAACAAGAACAAUUUAAUUUUGCCAUUGAACUUUUGCCUAGAUUUAUUGUAUAUAUUUCUUAACAACUAUGAACACUUUUUAAAAAAUUUCGAUUUUUUCAAAUUAUUGAAAUUUGAAAUUAUAUACAUCAUACUGGUAUCAUUAAAGUAUAACUUACACAUAGACGUUUUUUAUCGAUGCCUGAAAAUUUUUGAGAUUAUCUGUCACAGAUAUUUUCAGUACUUCCUGGGAGAAAUAAAAUUUCUUUUCCUAAUCCUAAUUCAACAUUUGUGCUUGACGCAACCCUUUUCAAAAUUGCUCAUCGUUUUAAAUUUUUUUUUCUAUCUCUUUGAUGACACACUGACUCUGUUUCAUUUGUACAAAUAUUUUUGCCAUGGGGGGGGGACGGCAAAGGUGGGAAGAGCAGCUGAGGAGGAAGAUGUGAAGAAAGACCCAGAAGUGGCCAACGACGCCGUAGUCAGCGGUACCGAGGGAGCGAAGAAAAAAAAAAAAACGAAGAGGGGCUACAUGCAAGAGGGUGAGCAUCCCCCCGCGGAAGCACAAAAUGUCCCCACCGAAAAACCGACCAGUCAAAAACGCCCCGAUGUAGUAAGCAGUAAGUCCGAUGCGGAAAGUAAGGGGAGAAAAGAGGGGGAGCCGAUCUCACGCGAAACAAACCCAAAGCAGAGUGAUGUGAUGGGAGCGAAAAGCUCAAGCGGGCAGGGGGAACACCACAGUGAUGACGACGACCUCCUGUUCAUCAGGGUCGUCGAAUAUAUUAGCAAAAUUAUUCACGAAUUGCUAUUUUUGCAUUCGAUUGACCUAACCAAAAUGUACGCCCAUUUGAAGGUGUUUAAGUAUGAUAGGAUAUACACGGGCGAGAAGAAAGUUGAGCAGCAUAUGGACAAGGGGCGAAGUAAGUCGGGUGGCAGCGGCAGGGGCGAAAAGAAGGGCGCGCAGGGGGACCACAAAGAAAGCGACAAAGAAGGACACAUAGAAAGACACAACGAAAAGCACAACGAAAAGCACGAGAAAAAGCUCAAUCAGGGCGACGGCCAAAUAAAACCAAAGCAGCAGAACCAUGAGAAGGAAGUCCAAGGCAGCUCCAACGAAAUGCCAUUCCGCAACUUUCUGAGUUACCCCCUAAUUUUACCAAAAAGUUGCGAAAAUCCGAGGGGAAAUUUCUACUUAUUCAAGUACUCAGCGGAGAAAAAAGUAAGUAGAACCCUGUUUAAUGAUUUAUGCUACAAAGACGCUGACGAAAUACGCCUACUUGCGUCCACUGUUGACAAUAUUUUAUCCCUUGUGAAUUCUUUUUAUGUAAUUUUUUUAAACAUAUUGAGAAUGUCCCUAAAUCAGUAUUGCUUCGCAACGAUAGAUCUAAAUGAUGAGAGUGGAUUUGCUCUAAGUGAAUCAUCGGCUUGUGGUAGCAGGUCCGAGAGGAAGCAUGUAAACAAGGAGGCAGUGGCACAGUUGUGCAAUGAGCGAGGAUAUGGUCUGCAAUCUUUUUCGACGGCUCAACCCCCCAGUGUCAUUAGUGGAAAUAACCCCUCUUUUGAUGAUGAACUGGAACGAAGGCUCGACUGCUACAAUGAGAACACAGCCGAGGGAACGAAUAAGUGUGCAGGAAGAGGGGGCGAUUUGUGUAGCGAUUUGUAUAGCGCUGUGAGUGGCGGUGUGAGUGGCGGUUUGUAUAACAGCGCAAAUAGUUACAACCCCCCAAUAGACCGCGACAACCCCACGAACGAUGGAAUCAAAAAAGAAGAAAAGAAUCCCCAUAGAAGCAAGUCUAUGAAUCCAAAUGACCAGUACCAUGAGAACAUAUCCCUAUUUUUUAACGUAUUCAAUUCCACGUGCAGAUAUUUCAUAUCGUCUCUCUGCUUGAUCUUCUCCUACACGAACACACUAGAUGUGUGUUUCUUCAGUGGGUUCCAGAAAAUAAUUUUUAUCAGUACUCAUUUAAAAAUAAAUAUCUGUACCAAUGCGUGUCUGCAGACCUUAACAAAAUGCAGUAGUAUUUUUACCCUAGAAAAUUCACCCUUCUUUUUGAAGAUUCUUAGAAAUUUUGAAAGGCAAGAAAAUAGGAAUGAAAACAACUCCGGUGUAAGAAAGAGCAAAGGGGCCAUCAAAAGCAUCAGUAAGGUUCCCAUGUUGUACUCUUCUAAUGAGAGUAAAACAUCCAGUCGCAAAGGUAGUGAGGCUAGUGUGAAGGAUGGCAGCAAUUUUGUCCACACGGGUCACUCACUGGGAACUGCUACCUCUGCGCAUAACACGGGUAAAUCUGUUAAACGUGGGAGUAACGACUUGGAGGAAGCUAAGCGUGAGUCAAGCAAAAGGCACGAUGAAGUCGAACACACAAAUGUUAAGGAAUACAUGGAAAAGGAGGACAAAAUAGAUGAUAUGCUGAUCAAACAAAAGAGAGAAGCGAAUACUGUCAAGGGGGGGAAUCCACAAAUGAGGGAAAAGGGUGACGAUUAUUCGGGGAAUUAUUUUUAUAACUUGAAGAGCGGAAAAAGUGAGAGAGGCGAGAAUACAAAUGUGGGUAAUGAGAACCAACCAAACAUGGGUGUUGAACUGUGGAGGAAUUCCCCUCCAAGUGACGCUCAUUAUAACGUUACCAGUAAGGCUCUGGAUGACGGGGAAGGUGCAGAAAGAGGGGAAAAAAAUAGUCGAAGGAGAGACACGGAUCACAUACUGGCGAACAAAUCUAUCUCAAAAAAGACAAGCAUAGAAAGUGUCGAGUCCAAUUUUGUUUGCUACAAAUCGACACUGAAUGAAGAUCGUAUAAAAUAUUUUGACGAGAUCAUUAGUAUCAUAUUGAAAGAAUCAUACUUCAUAAACAACGAUUUGAAUAACGUAAAAUAUAUUCUGUCGAUAAAGGCAGUCAUUAGCAUAUUCUUCAUUUAUGGAGACAACCUCCAUUUUGAAAACUGGCUAAGGAUGAUUAACCUCUUCGUCGAAGUUAAUUACAUAUAUAAGUAUAUAUCGUCAAUAGAGAACAAAACGAUUGAGUUCCUAAACUUCCUUCAUCAUAUUAACAAAAAUGAGGAAGAUUUUAUUUUCUCCCUAAGUAAGAGACUCAUCGAUUCGGACAAAAACAAUUAUGUACAAAAUGUAAAUUCAAAAAGUGCUGAAUUUUGUUAUUUUAUAUUGAGGUUUAUUCAGAAAAAUCCUAACACCAUAUUUUAUAAGCUAUCCACGUUGAUUAAUAUUUUGAAUUCAAUUCAUUUUAUGAUAUUUAAUCAGUUUUUCAAGCAGAGGAAGGUGGGGUCCAAGGGGGGGGAGGUACUACCUCCCAAGUUAUGUUAUAAGGGUAGGACCCCUGGGGAGGGCCACAUACCAGGCAAAGAGAGUAAACAAAAUGGAGGUGCACAUGCGAGUGGAAGAGGCUCUAAGGAUAUGUGCACCACUCUGUUGAACGGCCAUAUGGGAAGUUCCCAAAAAGGGGCGAACUGCGAGGAUGGAAAUGAAAGCACUACCAAGUUAACGGAGCCCUACAGGGAGGCACCCUUACAUUCGGGAAGCUCCCGCGGAAGGGAAAAGAACGAAGAAGACACAACUCCCAACAGUCGCGAAUACAUCAAAUUUAACAAACUAAAUAGAAAGAAAAAUAUAAUUGAAAAAUACAUCGAAUUUUUGCACAAGAAUGAUAAUAUUUUUGAAGUGUAUUAUUAUUACCUGUCCCAUUUUGACCCCAUGUACACAACCUAUUUUGCUUUCUACACGGAUAUGUUCUUUUUAUCUAAGGGGGAGAAGCGGAAAGGGAUGGUGCGUAAGGAAAUGGCGAAGGGUAGACCAACCAACAGCGAAUGCGCAAAUUUACCAAGACAGGGAGUUACCACUCAGGAGACAACCAUCUCGACAGAAAUGAAUGAUAAGCCGAGCGAUAAUGCAGCUAAAGAGCACAUCUACUACAUCGUACUGAAGAAAUUAGAAAAGUUUUGCAUCUUCGAAGAUUUCUACCCCUUAUAUAUGAUAGAAAUGCUGUGUGUUAUUAACCUGGAUAAGAUAAAAAGCAUUUACAACAACUGCUGCAUGAACAUAUUACUGCUCUCCUUGUGCAAAAAUAAUGACAUCCAGAAAAAAAGCAUUGACACGUUGUUCAAUAUUAUAAAAGAGUCUAUUGUACAUUAUAAACACAACUUUGAAAUUCAGUUUCUUCUGUUUAAACCAUUUUUCCUGUUCAUUGUUAACCCGCAUACAUGUUACCGAUCAUAUUUUAUUAGCUCCUUCUUAAAUUCCAUUAGAAAAAAUGCUUCCUUUUUUAACAAGGACAUGUGGCUGUUUAUUAUUUUUCUCCUCUACGUAUCAUUCCAGAAAGAGUUAAAAAAAAGAAGUUUAAAAAAUACCAACGGGGAUGAAACGGAUAGCCAACAAAUAAUGGAGGAAAAUAUAUCCAACAUUAACAACAUUUUUAACAUCCUGGAGAUUAUAAUUGUAGAUUAUAUUGAGGAAGUCCCUGUGUGUAAAAUUAUGGAAGUCGUCAUUCACAUGCUCAUCCUCUUUUCGUCCCUAAAUGUUUUGAGCAAUAACAUAUCCUUCAGGGCCAUCAAUUUUUCCUGGUCAAUCGUUGAUUACAUUGUGGGGCGCUCUCACAUGCUGGAAAGGAAUGGAAAAGAAAAGGACCUUGGUGAAACGGAAGAAGGAGAAAAAGGCACCCCCCAAGGAGAUCAACACAAAACAGGCCAAAACAAACUCCUUCACAUCUGCGCCAUAGAAAACAAAAAAAUUUACAUAUACGAAAAGGAAAUUAAAAUGAAAAACAUAAAAAUGAAAAGCUUUUUUAUCUUCAUUUUGAAUCAACUUAUGAAGCUGUGCUUCGACGAAAGAAUAGAGGUUCGAAAUUGCAGCAUCAAAACGAUCAUUAGUAUUCUCUCCACACAUAUUUGCAAAUUCGACUUUUUCUUUUACAAAACGUCCAUUUGUUUGUUACUUAAGCGGUUGAGCGUUAGGUAUUAUUCCAAGUUGCACGGAUAUUUCGAGAUGGAGUGUAGGAAUGAGCACCAGGUGGAUUGCCAAUCGGGGGAACCUACCAGUGUAGACCGCACCGCAGACGUAAGCAGCUUCCCAUUGGAGAGCAAAAACAGUGGUACAGCCCCCACAAGUGAGGAACCUGCAGAACGAGGUAGAACCUGCGUGGGGGAACUGUUCAGGAAGAGCUUCGCAGACCUCACGGCAGAGGUGGAAGGACAAUUCGCAAAGAAAAAAAGAAAAAAGGGGAGGGGGGAAAUGAAGGAGCACCCCGAUUUAUUAAGCAAAAUUGAAAAAGGAGCCGGUAUUACCAGCAGUAACGGAAGCGUAAACGGAGGCGGAAACGGAGGCGGAAAUGGAGGCGGAAACGGAGGCGGAAAUGGAGGCGGAAACGGAAGCAGUGGUGGAAACACCGCUUUGGAGCCAGAAAAGAACGGAGACUUGUACGACUAUGUAAAUGAAAACUUCAGCAAAAUUAUCAUCCACCAUUCAAGGGACAGCAAACUGAAGCAGUGGAUCGAAAGCUUUAUCCUAAUCAUAGAAGGGUGUAAUCGGAUCCUCCUCGAGCAAAGGAACUACAGAAAGUUCUACAUCUUUUAUGGUACCUUUGUGAACAUCCUGAAGACUACACUGUUUGUGAAGUAUAACAGUAAGAACAUGUUUGAGCUCCACAUAUCGAUAUUGCAAAUACUUAACAACAUUUUUAUGUCCAAGUUGACCUACUAUGAUGUGUGCCAUUUCACAAUGAAGAAUUCGCUAAGCAAUAGGAAUAGAUGCUCUGACCAUGUAAGCAUUUUCGACAUGUGCCUUUUUUAUAUUUACAAUUAUGCCUACUGUACUGAUGACCAGAAGAUUAAAGAUUUCAUUUUGAAGCUCCUUAUGGAAAAUCUGAAAAAUGUGUACUGUGACAAAUGGAUAUAUGUGCACUCGGUGAUGUAUUUGCAUUUGUUUCACUUGUUGUUUACAUCCAGCGUGGAGGUUGUGCUGAGUCCAGGGGAAGGGAAAACCUACUCCUUCUUGAACUACCACUCCAUUUUGAAUGAGUUGUUUUUUGAUUACUUUGUCAGCGGGAGGGAGACGAUCACACAUCAUGUGGGAAGCGACAUCAAUUCUGCAUCGAACAAGAUGGGAAAUAACCCCCCCAAGUGUGCACAGAAGGAUGAGCCACCAGGGGGGGGAGGAGACUCUCCAAAGAGGAGGCCAUCCUUCCUAAACAGCCACUUCACAUUUGAGUACAAAACGAACGAAGCAUCGAAUGACCCACUAAAUAUUUAUAACAUACUAGAGAACAACAAAGGCAUAUAUAGCGCAGAAGCAUUUGGAGAAAACGCGAAAUUGGAGAGUAAAGACAUAUACGCGGGCUUCUUAAAUGGUCACGUAAAUAGCGAAAUUUUUACCAUCAUGAUGGAUAUUUUUCAAACGCUAGAGUAUGACAAAAUAAAUCUCCUAAUAAAUGAGGAACUACUAAAGUGUGUAAAAUAUUUGCUACUAAGUUUGGGAGAAAAUGAAGAGAAAAAGUCCAUCCUCACCAAACUGCUAUACUUUGUCUUUGAUGAAAAAAUACUGUUUAAUGAAAACUCGGAUGAAAUAAUUGAAAAGGUAGAACUCAAUGAUACAUAUAACAAACUCGAUAUGGACAUAAACACCAAGGAAUUAAAUGAGGAAAAUAAAGAGUGUAGUAGAUUAUUUACCUUAAAUUAUAAAAAAAUAUACCCAUUAAAUAAUUAUAUAGAAUAUUUCCAAACAUUUUCCAUAGGACUGUUCAAUUAUUUCACUCCUUUUUUGAUUUUCUACAUUCAUAAUAAGUUCAAUUUGUUUCCCAACUAUAAUGUAAAUAUAAUUUACUCCAUCAUACUGUGCAAUUUUAUGAGACAAGAAUUUUACAGCAUAUUUUAUCAGAAAGAAAAUUACUCUCUUGUGCUUUCCUUUGUUAAUAUGUUUCCAUACAUUAUUGCGGGUCACGUGAAAUGCUUCUUGCAUAAUAUAAAUAACAACUCCUGCUUUGUCUUUUACGAAAGUAUUAUCAUCCUGUUGAAAAUUACGUACAAUAUGCUUCAAAUUUCGGGGAAUAUCUCCAAGGAGGAUUUGCUCAAGUACUGGUGUGCUGUCAUUUUCUCCGUCGAAAAGAUUCUUUUCGUUAGUUGUAAGUGCUCAAGAGAGGGAUCAUGCGAGAUGUUGGGGUGUGUGUGGGGGGUCACUCUACCGUAGAUGGAGAGGCGCCGCACCACGGCAAAUACCACGAAAGUUAUAAGCGAACUGAACGAUAAGAAGCGAAGGGCCUUCUCAAGCUGGACGCUACAAAUAUUGUUUGAGGAAUAUGAAAAGAUGACCAAGGAGAAUUACAACGACAAUUACUACACAACUUUUAUGACAUUAGUCAUGCUAAAGAAAUGUGUGUUGACCCUGAGGAGUUUUUCAAGUGAAAAUAAUGAGAAUGCUGACGAAGUUUUGUUUAUUUUAUACGAAAUGAAGAAGUUGAAGUGUUACUACUCCUACAUCGACAUGAAGAGCAGUUCGAUACUGAAAUGCUCAGAGGACAAGGCGCAUCUGUUCAUUUGCUACCCCUACCUGUUGGAUUGCCUAAACACGGAAAAUACGAAAGUGUUCACCACGGUUAAAGAAUUACUGAAGCUUAUAUCAUACCCAUUGUGCUCUAACAAUAUUGGUUAA